AUGUUCCUUCGAGAGCUCCAUCGGAAGCGUCUGAAGAAGCUCCUGCGAAAUUUUCUUGGAAAGCUUCUGAAAAGCUUCUUCAAAGCUCCUUCGGAAGCUUCGGAGAAAGCUCCUUCGGAAGCUUCGGAGAAAGCUCCUUCGGAAGCUUCGGUGGAAGCUCCUUCGGAAGCUUCGGUGGAAGCUCCUUCGGAAGCUUCGGUGGAAGCUCCUAAGGAAGCCUCGGUGGAAGCUCCUACGGAAGCUUCGGUGAGAGCUCCUAAGGAAGCUUCGGUGGAAGCUCCUACGGAAGCUUCGGUGGAAGCUCCUAAGGAAGCCUCGGUGGGAGCUCCUAAGGAAGCCUCGGUGGAAGCUCCUAAGGAAGCCUCGGUGGAAGCUCCUUCGGAAGCUUCGGUGGAAGCUCCUUUGGACGCUUCGGUAGAAGCUCCUUCGGACGCUUCGGUGGAAGCUCCUUCGGAAGCUUCGGUGGAAGCUCCUAAGGAAGCCUCGGUGGAAGCUCCUACGGAAGCUUCGGUGGAAGCUCCCAAGGAAGACUCGGUGGAAGCUUCGGUGCUCGAUCUGUUCCGUGAGAAAAACAAGGAAAAUGUAUUCAUGAGGGACCAGAAGAGGAAACUUCCUGUACUCAAUAAUAACAACUUACGUAUUGUUUCCUAA